AUGACUGCGACGAAAAAAGGAUGCAGUAAUGAACCAGGACCCGCAAAAGCCACGCCUCUAAACUUCAACACAGAUGAGAUUCGCUAUCUGAAACAAUCGUGGGAAAUGGCUACUUCUACCAUGGAUAUCGGCUGUGAACUGGUGGCACGUCUAUUGAACGAUAAUAGGACAAGAUUUCGAGAACUCAUCGAAAGUCAUUCGGGUGAAAUACUUGGGGCAGCGAACAUCACUGCCGAAGACGUCAGAAAAAUUCGACGGGCUCGAGCAGUUGGUGGUGGAGUCGUCAUAUUUUUCAACCAGGGAAUACGACGGCCGUGGCAGAAGGGAAACGUUUUCGAAAGUCUCGAGUCUCUAGGGGAAUUCUUUACACUAUUUGAUGAAGCGGAGGAAAUUAAUGUUGGCACGCCUGAAAAGUUACUGAUGUACCAACCAGAGUCAUCCGAAAAGGAUCUGAGUUAUGUCGCUGCUGGUGAUAGGAAUUUGAAGUCGUUACAGGAUAGCUCCAUCUGUAAGGUGAUUUAUAGAGCUCCCUGCGGAAAUGCAGACUCUUGUAGUCAGAACAGAGAAAUAAAUUUUUCGAUAUUACGUCGAUCUGUCACUCUUCUGCGCAAGAAUGCUUAG